AAGUUUUCCCAGAAUCAUCAUACGAAGUUUGGUUUGGUCUUCUCUUCUUCAAACUGACAACUGCCAGUGCAUCAGCUCCGAAAAUCCACAACAAUUUGGCGUCACGAACAGGAUUUCAACACAACAAAGACGUGGUAAGUGCAUAAUUUUAUUUUAUUAUUGUGCCUUACCAUGUCUGCGUUUGACGAAAUCACAAAGAAACUGUGCAUCACUUUCACUUUAAAGGUGGUCACAAAGUGAACAAAAAAAAAAAAAAAAAGCAAAAAGCUGAUGGUUAAAGAAUCUAAACACAUGAAAAUGUGUUGAAACUGUGCAGUGAUAAGCAGGUGCAAAGCAUGUGGUUGUGAAGAGGUAAAAAAAGGCAGAGUUGAGUGAGUCUUAACUCCUGCAGUGCCACAAAAGUGGCUGGGAUUUCUGGGCUAGCUUCGGGCUACGUCCGGCACAGGGGGACCCACCUGAGGUUUAAACUAUAGAAAAGACGUUUUCGGGGUAGGAUUUGGCCUAUUUCGUUUAAGCCAAGAUCGGGGAUCAUCCACUCUGUGUCCUGUGAGAAAUGUUUUCAGACUUGGGAUUCUAAGUCCUAGAGUCGGGCGCCGGUAAAAAUUUUUUCAAACAAUAAACAGUGUACACAAGACGAAGAGUUGCUUCGUCGGUUUGGCUUCAGAUCACUGCUAUUGCACCAGGAAGAGAGGUGUAAAAAAAAGAACUUCGGUGAUGCUGGGAAAGUUUUGAUGUGUCUGUUUUGUGUUUGAUGUGUUUGUUUGUGUGAUGUUUUUAAUGUAAAUGUGUUAAAAUGGGCAACAACACGUCUAAAGCAGUGAGUAGAACACAAUCUACUACAAAAUUAAUUCAUUCACCAAAACACAAGAGAAAGAACAAAUCUGUUUCAGUAGGAAACAAACGCACCAAUUCAGAAGUAAAAGGUCAAUCUGCCAUUGAUAAGCUUCCCGAAGCAAACCCCCACACACUCACAGAUGCACAAUAUAGAGCGAUGUUUUCUCCACAAUCUCCGGCGGGAGUUGUUGGUAGAUUGAAAGGAUGGACUUUUGUGUUUCCAUUUUCUUCCCUUAUGAAUCAGUGGACAGAUGGCGAAUGGCCAUACGAAGGAGCGUUUGAUAGAGAUAAGCUUCAGAUUGCUGAGUACAAUGUUAACCCAGAUUUUGGAAAUCCAUCUUGGGAUAGUGCGUAUAUGAAAGAUUGUGUAAAUGUGUGGUUAACUGUUGCUCGUCAGAGGUGUGGAGUGAGUCUGGAUGAAAAAAAGAGUUGAUCGUUUUUCUGAUGAGUUCAGAGCAGCAGUGGAGAACUGUGUUAAAUGUGUGACAGCAUGUCACUUGCCUAUGUUGGAAGCAGAGUUGCAAACCAGAGCUACAGAAAUGAUGAAAAUUAAACAGAGGCAUGGUGAGAAUGUGAAGGCCAUUUCCAAAGCUAUCAUAUACGGUUGGGCAAAACGGCAAACUGAUGCUCCCUCUCCACAAACUUUGUUGACCAUUGUAUCCAAAGCUGGAGUGCCUUUGCAAGAGUCACACACAAACAAAACAAUGAUUUCAAUUUUUCCACAACUUUCACCUUCAAACCCCUUUUCAGCUGCUAACAUGACUGAUCAAACCAUUUCACAACAAGCAAAGACUGACGAUGAAUUUCUCUUACUAGCCGCAGCUGUUGAGGGACAAAGACUACAGACUGAAGUAGAAAGGGAAAGAGACAGUCAGGCUGCUAGAGAAAGGGAAAGAGUUAAACAGGAAAAGAAAGAUAGAGCCGACGAAGAAAAAGCUAGGAAAGCUGCAGAAAAAGAAAAGAAAGCUAAUUUGUCAUUCAAACAGGUAAAAAGCCAGAAAAGAAAGGAAAAGAAAAGACAUUUAGCUGCCGUUGCUGAAGAAACAGAGAUAGACACUCAGGACAGCUCAGGAGAAAGUGAGGUAGAACUUGAGUUACAAGGAGCCAGAGGUAAGGGGGAGGAGUCUGACACAGAUCAUAGUGACGACACAGAACCUGCAGUCAGGCCAAAGAUGACACAGAGACGACCCCACACUGCAAGUAGCAAAACUCAGAGACGAGGUACAACUAGAAUGACACAUUCACAUCUGGAAAGACAUACAAGAUCGAAAACUAACAUUUUAGAGCCCCCUCUAAACAUUACAUCCACCUCAAUAAAUGCUCCAAAAAUCAUGGUUGGCAACACAGCUGUCUGCAAACCAUGGACUCCUGCUGAGAUAGUUGGAAUGACACAAAAUGCCCCCAAUCCGACCACAAACCCAGAUGAAUACUGGGGAUGGUUAAGAUAUGUAUGCUCUGUGUAUAACUGUCUGAUACCUGAUGUUGAACAAUUACUUGCUGGCUCAUACAGAACGGAGUGGGAUUUGUGCAAAGGUGAAUUUCUUUUCCCUGCUCGGACAGAGGAUGGCCAGUGGCCUCCUCAUAGAACCAUGAUUGACUGGUUAAAUGAAGAAGCAAAAACAGCAAUAAGAAAAUGUGCACGACAGCGCACUGACUUUAAUAAAGUAAUUCACUGUGUCCAAGAUGCAUAUGAAACUGUACCUGAGUUUGUUAACAGAUUUACACGUACUUGGGAUAGCAAUGCAGGAAUAGGACGAGAAGGAAAUGAAUAUUUUGUUGUUACAACCUUUGUGCAAAAUCUAAAACCAAAUGUUGCAGCUGCAUACAAAUUGUCUGUCACCGAUUGGCAAACCAAAGACUGGAAAGCAACGGUAAACAAAAUGAUGGCGCUAGAUAGGUGUGAAGUUUUUGCUGAAGACAAAUCUGCCUCCAGGUACCUCUGCUCAAGCAGCAGAACUGUAUGCUCUAACUAGAGCGUGUAUUCUUGCUUCUGGUAAGGUGGCUACUAUUUACACUGACUCAAGAUAUGCAUUUGGCGCUGCUCAUGAUUUUGGCCAGUUAUGGAAGAUGAGAGGUUUUGUGUCAUCUUCUGGAAAACCACUACAGCAUCACACUUUGGUUAAUGACCUGUUAGAUGCUAUUUUGCGCCCAUCUCAGCUUGCAAUCAUCAAAUGUGCUGCUCACACGAAUGGAACUGAUCCUGUUUCACGAGGAAAUGCAAUGGCUGACACUGCAGCCAAACAAGCGGCACUUUCCUCUCCCUCUUUGGUACUUCAAUGUGCCUCCACACAACCUACCAAUCCAAUUCCAGUUCCUUCCGCUAAUGAUGUCGUGACAAUGCAAAAUCACGCUGAUGACAGGGAGCGAAGUCUUUGGUUGCGUAAAGGUUGUAAAGUUGACGCGGAGUCUGGCUUGUGGCUCCACCCUGAUGGUCGACCGGUUUGCCCUCGAGCUCUCCUUCAUGUACUGGCACGUGUGACGCAUGGUCCAGCGCAUGUUGGAAGAGGGGUGAUGAAUGAUGUUAUUCGCUCACAGUGGUUUGCUCCAGGCAUUACUCAAGUUUCACAAACACUUGUGGAUAGUUGUAUGAUAUGUCAACAGACCAGAAAAAAGAAUAGCACAGUGAAACAUGACCACUUAGAACCCCCAUCAGGUCCUUUUGUAAAUAUGCAAAUAGAUUUUGUACAUAUGCCAAGCUCACAAGGCUUCAAAUACUUGCUAGUCAUAACCGACAGGUUCUCGAAGUGGGUAGAAGCUUUUGCAACGAAAAAAGAAGAUGCAAGAACAGUUGUAAAGUGUCUGCUAAAAGAGGUAAUCCCUAGGUACGGAGUGCCGCAGGGAAUAGAUAGCGACAGAGGUCCAGCUUUUGUGUCAAAAAUCACUCAGGGACUGUCAGAAAUCUUAGGAUUUAAGUGGCAGUUACAUGUUCCUUAUCAUCCACAGAGUUCAGGUCAAGUUGAGAGAAUGAAUGCAACUAUCAAAGACAGAUUGACCAAAACAGUCCUAGCCACAGGCCUGAAAUGGCCUGAUGCACUGCCGAUUGUGCUGUACUCCAUUCGGAGUGCACCAAGUGCAACUACAGGACUGAGUCCUCACGAGGUGCUGAUGGGAAGACCAAUGUCCACAGGGACAAGUCCCCCACUGACACCACACAAAGCUACUCUGCUUUGGACGGAUGAGUUCAUGACUGAGUAUGUGAAAAGACUAACAGAGAUUUUGAGAAAGUAUCAUUUACAGGUGGCUGACAGACUCCCCAAACCAUCGGAAGAACCAAUUCAUUCCUUUCGAGAAGGUGACCUGGUAUUAAUCAAAUCUCUGGAAAAAGUGUCUUUGUCUCCUAGGUGGAAAGGUCCAUACCAGGUGCUGCUGACUACUAGGACGGCCCUGAAGGUCGAAGGCAGAGCAGAAUGGAUCCACGCCACAAGGUGCAGACUGGCCCCCCCAACCACUGGCGGAGGAGAGCAGAGCCCUGGCAGGUAACCGGAUGGUUACUCCUUUUUUCUCUCCUGUUUAGUAGGUUCGGGCAGGGGACAGGUCAAGUCGGUCCAAAUGAGAGAGAGACAGGAGUCUCUCUGAUUCCAGGCGAAGGAGAGCGGAAAGGCUUUCCUUCUCAUGACACAGUCGGUGCCAUGAACCCAGUGCCCCAUGGACAGGGGCGCCCUUUGCAGAAUGAUCCAGAAAAUGCAGACCAAGAGCCAGAUCUUGGACAUACGGACAAAUCAAUGAGCCCAUUGGGACUCUACAACACUUUACUUUUUCUCGAGGUAGAUGGCGGUGGUCUACAUAUGAUAAAACACUGUUUGAGACGAAGCAGAGUUCAUCCACGUCGACGAAGAUCUUGGAGUGCAAAUUUCCAGGAGAAGGGGGGAGAACUGGUAAGCUGUAAGUUCAUGGAGAAUGAUGAUUACCCCUGGAGUGGUUACUUUGCAUCCACUAACACAAUUGCUCCAACUAAAUCUGAACCAAGGGUGCAAAACAAAUUACUGCGUAGCGCUCAGCAACCAGUAGUGCGAAAAGAAAAUUCAGCCCUUAGUCUUAUGCUUGAUUAUGCGCGUGAUCGUAAUCUCAGUAAGUGUUGGCUAUGUCAAAAUAUGCCAGCUUCAAUACAUUCUCCAAUGUCUAAUCCAAUUCCAUUCACCAAAGCUGAUUAUGAGACGUUCAAUUGGAAUGAUCUUGCUUCAAGAUUUAGAGAAGAAGCAGACGAUUGCUAUACUCCAACAUAUCCUGUGGAUGUUAAGUCAUCACAAAAUACAGAUAUUGCUCUAUACGUUGCAAGAACGGUAAAUGACAAAUAUCUGCCAAGCGGAUUUAAUUUCACCACUCUUCUCCGCAUCAUUCACAUACAAAGAUAUGUGAAACUAGGCUUUGAGUACAGAGUUCAGGUUGCUCUAGCUCAAACUAACUGUUCAAAACCUUCUGAAAAUCAAGUGUGUGUUCCCCAACCAUAUACAACCACUGCUAUGGCUGAAGCUCUAGUUUAUGUGCAACCAUGGGCUGGCACCUUAUCCAUAGGGCCAGUCAAGAUUCAGUUACGCAACUGUUCGGCGCCACAACAAAACGAGCAAAGACCUCAGCGUGACUGCUCAACUUAUCUUCCCCCUGUCUUCACUCAUGAGCUACAAAAUGUUUCUUUAUGUUUCAGAGGGAUAGGGAAGGGACAUGAAGACUUAGGACAAAGUAGCUGUAACACUGUGGUAGAUGUCACUCUUAAACAGUCCCCACUGCCUGAGAGAGUGUAUCUAGUUUGUGGUGACAGGGCCUAUCGGUGCGUGCCGUAUGAAGACUCACGCGGUGUCUGUUAUUUGGCGUACUUAAUUCCCCUAAUCAGAGAAGUAGAAUCUACUGAGAUAGCUUCACUGUAUCCACCGUUACACAUAUACAAGAGAGAAAUCUCAUCAACUCAGAAAGUAGCCAGCUUCCUUCUCCCUUGGUAUGGUGUGUAUGUGUCCCAGCAAGAGCUCUCAUCUCUCUCCAAAGUCCUAGAAAAUCAUCUUAAUGCCUCAAGCAGAGCUAUGUUAGCCGAACACAAAGAGUUGCAGGAAGUCAAAACAGUAGCUCUACAGAAUCGCAUGGCUCUUGAUCUCCUGUUAGCGGCUCAAGGAGGAACUUGUAAGCUCAUAGGCUCUGAAUGUUGUUCCUACAUCUCUGAUGCAACUGCUGACGUCAUGGACAUGGCACAUGACACAGCACUGGGUAUCAAAGAAUUGCAUGAUAGUCAUGGUUUUAACCUUGGUGAUUUUUCAGGUGUCUUUGGGUCAUGGGGGUCCGGAUUGGUCAGGUUCCUGACCACUCUUGCUGUUGCUGUCUUCCUUUUCAUCCUCCUCUGCUCAUGUGUAGGUUUGAUAAUCAAGCUGGUAGUGAAAAAGACCACAGGGUCUGUACUCCAAGCAGCCCAGGUGCAUGUCACUGGAAACACUGCAGAUCAUAAUCACACAGGUUUGAGGUAUUAUGAUUUUGAAACUUUCCAGGACUGGAUGAGGCGUUUUCACCCAGGUAUCAUUUCAGAUGAGGAGGAGGAAACUCAAAAUCUAGGAUCACUCCAGGAGGAUGGAUUCCACAUCACCAUGCAUCGUAUGUGCUAGUAACCUCUCCAUGGUGAUGGCCCUCUACUGUACGCAAAGUGCAUGGGUUGAAGACUUCACUUUGUGAUUGAUUUGUUUUAUUGUUAUGAUGUAAUCAAAUGUUUGUAUGACUCCCCUUUAAGUUGCUAGGAUUUCAUCUAGUAAGAGGCAGGAAGUGUCUUGUCUUAGGUUGUUUGCGCAUGUGACUGGUGACCUCUGUCAAUGACCUCCUUUAACGCUUUGGUGUUCUAGGAGAUCUUCUUUGAGGAUUUGCCUCACUACUGCCCCUGGUGGUUGGAAGACAGAACUCAUGGGUCACAUGACAGUUGUUUUAAAGGGGUACAUAAGAGGGGUUUUUUAUCUAAUUUACUGAUUGUUUGCUUUUAUUGUUAUUGCAUUAUGUGUUUAAAUGAUUAUGUGUUUUGAUGAUUUUACUUUUGAUUUUGUUCAAUGCAAUUGUUGAUUCUUGUAUUACUUUUGUGUGAGAAUUGUUAUCUGUUGUGCGGAUGUUGUUUCUACUCUGUUUGUGCCCUUACAGUCCACCAGUCCAGUCAUAAAUUGGUAAUUUGUAUUGAUCUUUUGAUCAAUAAGAGGGGAUUGUUAUGGAUAUUCCAUAACUGACCAGGACAACAGAAUGUCAAGCUGUACUCCUCUGUUCUCUCAAACAGAAGAUAACACAUGUUGUUUAAUAAAC